UACCCAUUGUUCUCUUACAUAUAACCUCAUCAGAGACAUAUAUUCUUUCACACACUCUCUCUCUCUCUCUCUCUCUCUGGCAUAUAGAUAAAAAUACAAGCUCAAACAUUCAAGCUGUUGCUAAGCUCAAUUUCUGUAAAUAAGCAAAAUGGGGUGUAAGUCAUCAGACAAACCAAAGCCAAAGCACAGGAAGGGCUUGUGGUCACCUGAAGAAGACCAAAGGCUCCGAAACUAUGUCCUCAAACAUGGCCAUGGCUGCUGGAGCUCCGUCCCCAUUAACGCCGGCUUGCAGAGGAAUGGAAAGAGCUGCAGAUUAAGGUGGAUUAAUUACUUGAGACCAGGAUUGAAACGAGGGAUGUUUAGCAAGCAAGAGGAGGAGACAAUUCUGACCCUUCAUCAUAUGUUAGGCAACAAGUGGUCUCAGAUAGCACAGCAUUUGCCUGGAAGAACAGAUAAUGAGAUUAAGAACUACUGGCAUUCUUAUUUGAAGAAGAAAGUGGCCAGAGCUGAAGAAAUGGAAGCUCAUACCAAAACACAGUAUACUAGUUCAAGCUCAGAUACUGUGGAUUCUUCAAACUCUCCCAAAAAUCCCAGAACUGGAAUUCCAAAUAUUUGUAAUUCACUUGAACACAUGGAAAAAUCAACAACAAAUGCUUAUCAGUCACCUAAAGAGGCUAACUGUAGCCCCUUACCAAAGCUUUUAUUUGCCGAGUGGCUUUCCUUAGAUCAUGUUCAAGGUGAGAGCUUUGCAAAUUCUGCUGAGGGACUAAUUGCUAGAGAUGCAUUUUCUCAAAAUUCAAACUUCCAAUACUCUCCCAUGCAAGUUUUUUCAUCCAAUGAAGGAACAUAUAGUGGUGAAUUUCACAAUGGGCUAAGCCAUGGCUCAGCCACUACUGAGACGUUCAAUUUACAAUAUAAGUUUGAGGAUCAGAUUUCAGGAAAUGGGUUUGUUGAUUUCAUCUCUGGGGGUGAUGCAUGUAGUGAUUUCAACAUGAAUAACGGUGUAAUGUAUAUCUGAGCACUAAGGGCAACUUUCUGGGCGACUGAGGAAGAAUAACUUCUAAUUACUCUUAUUGUAAUAAUAUUGAUACUAAUAAAGGGCCACUACACAAUUUAUCUGAAAUUAA